GUUUUUGUUGAUCUCGCUUCUCUCCUUUCCUUCUGAAGGUCUUCUUCUAUCCAUAGCUCUCCUGCAUAUUUGGACCGAUAAAGCCGACUACAACUUUCUAAGACACCAACGCCAUUAAUUGCACAACCAUGAGCAACGUGGAUUUACCGAAGAAAUAUAAGGCGGUCGUCUAUGACAAGCCGGGCAGCAUCUCGACUAAAAUCGAGGAAUUGGAUAUGCCAGAACCGGGCCCAGGACAGGUUCUCAUCAACUUAUCCCACUCCGGUGUCUGUCACUCAGAUAUGGGCGUCAUGAUGAACUCAUGGGUGAUUCUACCCGCACCGACACAACCGGGACAAGUCGGCGGUCAUGAAGGCGUGGGCAAGAUCGUGAAGAUGGGUCCUGGAACUGAGAACUCUGCCGUGAAGAUAGGAGACCGUGUUGGUAUUAAGUGGAUGGCAGGGACUUGUGAGAGCUGUGAAGCUUGUUUUGCAGGCGCGGAUGCAAAUUGUUUUAACGGGAAAAUAUCUGGGUAUUAUACUCCUGGGACCUUCCAGCAGUAUGCCCUCGGCCCAGCCAACUACGUAACUCCCAUCCCAGACGCUCUCGACUCAGCCGCGGCCGCACCCAUGCUCUGCGCUGGAGUCACAGUUUACUCCGCUCUUAGAAAAAGCGGCGCGGAAUCUGGAAACUGGGUUGUUAUUCUAGGCGCUGGAGGAGGCUUAGGCCAUCUCGCCGUCCAAUUCUCUUCUAAAGCAAUUGGGCAUCGUGUCAUCGGCAUCGAUCACUCUUCAAAGAAAGACAUUGUGUUAGAGUCAGGGGCAGAGCACUUCAUCCCCAUCGACGGCACAGACAACAUACCCGAGACUGUCAAAGCGCUCACAGGUGGUCUAGGCGCCCACGCCGUGCUCGUCCUAACCGCCAACAAUGCCGCAUACGCCACCUCGGCCGAACUCCUCCGCUUCCGAGGACGUGUCGUCUGCGUCGGGAUCCCAGAAGGCGAGGCAGUGGCGAUCAAGAGCGCCCUGCCACAAUUGAUGGUGGCCAAGGAACUGCAGAUUGUUGGUGUGGCGGUGGGAAGUCGGAGAGAAGCGAUUGAGACAUUGGAUUUCGCGGCCAGGGGAGUAGUUAAGACGCAUUUUAGGACGGAGAAGAUGGAUAGGCUGACGGGAGUCUUUGAGGAUAUGUUUGAGGGGAAGUUGAAGGGGAGAGUGGUGUUGGAUCUUUCGUAGAUCUGUAUGCUGGGGUUGUUGGAAAUGAGGUUUGAGAUUAGAUUUUCAUGCUCG